CCCGCUCUGACGCCUGCGCCGUGGCCUUCAGGCCCCGCGCGCAGCGGGCGGGUGCUCGGUGCGCCUGCGCAGUAGGCGGUGGUGGCGGCGGCGGCAGCAGGGGGAGGUGGAGGCUGUGGAGCGGCAGCGGCAGCAGCGGGUUCCGGGACUGAGGCAGCAGCAGGGGCGGCGGCGGGCGGAAGCUGAGGUGACGAAGGCAGCGGCGGCGGCAGCCGUUUCCCUCACGGUGGCGGAAACCAAGGCGGCAGCGGCGGACGGGGAGCGGCCCGGCCCUGGCCCCCUGCUCGUUGGCUGUGGCAGGGCCGCCGUGGGGCCGGCCCGGCUCCCGCCCCCCGCGGCUCCCCCUCCGGCUCCUCCUCCGGGGAGACGCCGGGGACCCGGCCCGGUCCGCACUCAGAACGCUGCUACAGCCGCCGCCGCCGGAGGUGGUGGUGGCGCCAUGGGCGGCCUGGCCUCUGGGGGGGAUGUGGAGCCAGGACUGCCCGUCGAGGUGCGUGGCUCCAACGGGGCCUUCUACAAGGGCUUUGUAAAGGAUGUCCAUGAAGACUCUGUCACCAUCUUCUUUGAAAACAACUGGCAGAGUGAAAGACAGAUUCCUUUUGGGGAUGUUCGGCUACCACCUCCAGCAGACUAUAAUAAGGAGAUCACAGAAGGGGAUGAGGUAGAGGUCUAUUCCCGAGCCAAUGAACAGGAACCCUGUGGCUGGUGGCUGGCCCGGGUGCGGAUGAUGAAAGGAGAUUUUUAUGUCAUUGAAUAUGCUGCUUGUGAUGCCACCUACAAUGAAAUUGUCACCCUGGAGCGACUUCGGCCAGUAAAUCCCAAUCCCCUUGCAAACAAAGGCAGCUUCUUCAAGGUUACCAUGGCUGUGCCUGAGGAUCUGAGAGAGGCGUGAGUAUUUGGGAGGUUAGAAAUGGAAAGCCCUGUUAGGAAUGGAAAGCCCUCUUUGCAUUUGUGUACAGUCAGUUUUAAUGACUUUCUUGUUUAUUUCUAGUCAACCACAGAAGCCCCUGUGAAGCGGGCAUCUCUACUGGGCGAUAUGCAUUUUCGAAGCCUCCGAACCAAACUGCUCCUCAUGUCUCGCAAUGAAGAAGCUACUAAACACCUUGAAACAAGCAAACAGUUGGCAGCAGCAUUCCAGGAGGAGUUCACAGUGCGAGAGGACCUGAUGGGUCUGGCAAUUGGGACUCAUGGUGCCAACAUUCAGCAGGCUCGAAAAGUACCUGGAGUGACCGCCAUUGAGUUGGGUGAAGAGACCUGCACUUUCCGCAUCUAUGGGGAGACUCCUGAGGCAUGUCGACAGGCCCGAAGCUACCUAGAGUUUUCUGAGGACUCCGUACAAGUGCCCAGGAACUUGGUUGGCAAAGUGAUUGGAAAGAACGGGAAAGUUAUCCAGGAGAUUGUGGAUAAAUCUGGUGUGGUGAGGGUCCGUGUUGAAGGUGAUAAUGACAAGAAGAACCCCAGGGAGGAGGGAAUGGUUCCUUUCAUAUUUGUUGGCACCCGAGAGAAUAUCAGCAAUGCCCAGGCACUGCUGGAAUAUCAUCUCUCCUAUCUCCAGGAGGUGGAGCAGCUUCGCUUGGAGAGGCUGCAAAUUGAUGAACAGCUUCGACAGAUUGGGCUGGGCUUUCGCCCUCCUGGGAGUGGACGGGGUGGUGGCAGUGAUAAGACUGGCUAUACCACUGAUGAGAGCUCCUCCUCCUCCCUACAUGCCACUCGAACCUAUGGAGGCAGCUAUGGGGGUCGAGGCCGAGGCCGCAGGACUAGUGGUCCUGCUUAUGCCCCCAGUUCAGACCCAUCCACAGCUUCUGAGACUGAGUCAGAGAAGAGAGAGGAACCCAACAGAGCUGGGCCUGGUGACCGGGAUCCCCCAACCCGGGGGGAAGAAAGCCGGAGACGGCCAAUUGGGGGCCGGGGUCGGGGACCCCCACCUACCACCCGACCCACCUCAAGAUAUAAUUCAUCAUCUAUUAGCUCAGUACUGAAGGAUCCAGACAGUAACCCCUAUAGCCUACUGGAUACAUCUGAACCAGAGCCUCCUGUUGACUCAGAGCCUGGGGAACCCCCUCCAUCAAGUGCCAGGCGCCGCCGCUCCCGCCGCCGUCGCACUGAUGAAGACAGAACUGUCAUGGAUGGAGGCCUGGAGUCUGAUGGGCCUAACAUGACAGAGAAUGGCUUGGAAGAGGAGUCCAGACCCCAGCGUCGUAAUCGGAGCCGCCGCCGCCGCAACCGUGGUAACCGGACUGAUGGGUCUAUCAGUGGAGACCGGCAACCAGUGACUGUGGCUGACUAUAUCUCACGGGCAGAGUCUCAGAGUCGCCAGCGGCCCCCCCUGGAACGUGCUAAGCCCUCAGAGGACUCCCUUUCAGGACAGAAGGGUGACUCUGUCAGCAAGCUUCCUAAGGGCCCCUCAGAAAAUGGGGAGUUGUCUGCCCCCCUGGAGUUGGGUAGUUUGGUGAAUGGGGUUUCAUAAAACCUCCAACCUGCAUCCCUCCCUUCUCCAUCUCGCUUGCUGCCCACCACAUGGGCCUCAUGGGCCCAACUGACCUGCGCUGGAGCUGCUCUUAUCUAGGGGGGAGGGGGGUGGCACAGCAGCUUGGGUCCCCCCCAACCUCCAGGAGCUAGUGGAGGGGUGUAUAACAGGGUCGUAGCCCCUUCUCUCUUGUCCAUUCUUCCCCCAGGGUGGGGGGAGCCUCCCCUUCCCCAUCAGACUGGAUGUGCCUUUAUCCUCUAAUGCCCCAACCUUAGAACACCCUCAUUUUCCACCUGUAGGUGGGUGGGGGUGCUCCUUGACCCACCCAGAUUUGACAGUUCAGGGGGGCCUGUGCUAUCCCUCCUCCCAUCCUGUACCCCGUUUCUGGGGCCUCAUCACUGUGGAAGAGGGGGAUAGUGAGGGUAUCCGUGGGUGGGAGGCAUGGGGAAGGUUUUGGAGAACCAGGGGUGUGUAUGAAGGGGGGGUGACAAGGUCCCUCAGGGGAGGGGGCAACCUUGUCUGGUGGAUGAGAAGGCGUAUUUAUUUUUCACUGUACAGUAUUUAAAAAGAGAAUAAAAAAAUUCAAAUGGC